AUAGGUGGCACCUGACCCCAAAAAGGAUAUCAAAAUUUACCAAUGGCAAGAAGAUUAAAUGCUGAAAAUGUGGAAGAGGUGAAGGAUCAUAUUUACAUAUGUGGUGGUCUUGUGAGAAGGUAAAACCGUACUGGAGGGAAAUCCACGACAAAUGUCAAAAAAAUUUAAAGAUAAAAAUACCACUACUUCUUUCUAUUGGGCAUGACGAAUAACCAAUGGGGAAAGAAUGAAGAUAAAAUCUUUACACACUUAACAACAGCUGCCAGAUUGGUUCUUGCAAAUUAUGGAAACAGAAAUUAAUACCAAAAGUGGAAGAAUGGAUAAAAAGAAUAUGGGAUAUAAUGAAUAUGGACUACCUAACGUUCCUGCUAUCAACAACACAAAAUACGCCAAAAAAAAGGAUAGAUUGGACACCGGUAAAGGACUGGAUGAAGAAAGAAAAAGUUAGAAUAUUGUUAUAAAGCCCUUAACACGAAGGAGAAGUCAACUGUCGACACACUGUCAGGAUGCAAUAAAGAACAGCAUCCUCAAAGCUGUUCUUUUCGCAACCUGACUACAAGAGGACAGAGGAAGGAGACCAUUUGGCGGGGAAGGCUGAUUUAUGACAGGGUCUGGUCUUCAAACGUGGGAAAGGACAAAAGAAAAGGGAGGGGUGGAUGGAGAAGAAGGAGGGGGGAGGCAACAACCCAAUAUACUGAGGGGAAAAGCGGAAGAGGGUCAGUAAAAGCUUUUGCAGUCAUCUUGGCAAGGCGGAUUCAAUAAAGUUUUCCAUAGUGACCAGCUGUGUGAGCCUAUUUUUGUAUCCUACACCUUCCAGGAACGGACAUUAAGCUUUUACUCCUUUUUUUCGGCUCAUCCCGUGAGGAAAGGUCUCUCCGGUGAGAGCAUGAACCCUGAUGGAGGAGAAACCCUGAAGGAAUUCCUCUUCCUGGAAGAGAAACAGGCGAACCCACGAGGUGCAGAUGAGCUGAGAGAGGAAAGGAACCCAUUGCCAGCGUUGAGCGAAGGGGGGACAGACCCCUUGGACCCGUCGUGGAAGCCGCUGACCUCCACCCAGUUACCCGUGGGCAGGGGAGUGACGGUGAGACGGAAGAUCCAGAUGAGAGACGAUUGGCAGCGAGACAGAGAGGGAGCCCCGGAGACGAGAAGGAUGGAGAGGAGAUUAGAUGCGAUGGAGAAAAUGUUUGAAACUUUCUCUCGACAGAUGGAUCUGAUGCAGCGGCAGGUAAACGAGUCCUGGAGGGCGACAGUCGAGCAACGGGAGCAGAGGAGAGGGCUGCCCGGGAGAGGCACUGAGCCCCGUCCCUUUGCCGGGGAGGGUCCACAGGAUUAUGAUGACGAGAUGCCUUGGCAGGGGACAUCAGUUUUCCCCACGGGCCUGUCGGGAAGGAGCCAAAUGCCUGGGAAGGGAGAAUUUCGGGUGAAGUUCAACGGGGACCCCAAACAGCUGUCUUAUUUCAUUACAAACGUAAGACACUUCAUGGAGGAUUUUGGGGACCAAUUCCCUUCAGAAAGCGCAAAAAUCCACACUGUCGGGGCAAACUUGAAAGAAGCAGCUGCAGACUGGCUAAUGCAGAUGUAUGAUACCGGUGCCCGGGAGCUGGCCUGCCUGGAGGAUUUCCUAAGAGCCCUCCGUGAGAGAUUCGAAGACCCUUUGGCAGAGGAGAGGGCGAAGGCCCAACUCAAAAGGAUAUACCAGGGAGGAAGGACAGUGUCAGAAUACGCCCUGGAAUUUAAAGCCACAGCGGGGAAGAUUAGAGACUGGUCAGACACCACCAAACUGGAAUAUUUCAGGGCUGGUUUACACUCUGAAGUGCUUGAGUGGGCUCUACACAGAGGAAAUCCAAGAGACUUGGAGGACUGGAUUUUGCUGGCAGGGUGCGUGGAGGUGGACCAACAGCAAAUCCCUCGUCAUCCAAGGGAGAGCAGCAGAUUCAAACCCCCAACAGCAACACGGCGCUUCUCCCCUCGUCGCGGAAGGUCGAUCAGCAGAGAGAGGAGAGCAGGCCUGCUUCUCUUGCGGCCGCGAGGGACAUUGAGCGGCAGAGUGUCCGAAAGGGACAGGCGUGGAGACAAAAGGAGAGAGGCUUCACAGCCAGAAGCCGCCCCAUCAGAACUCCAAACUAGCAAAAGGGAAAGCUGCCAUGGCAACGGAAACGGCUUUAGCCCCAGGGCAGCUUCAGGCAGAAGAGAUGGAGGAAGCGGAGGAUAUGGAGUUACCGGGAAAUGACCGGGAUCUGUUUUGAACGCCCGGAAACAGAUCGAACCACCAGAGGGCGACGGGGUGAUUGGUUUGGAGAGGCGCCAAAAUUCUGUUCGCCUACACUUGAAAAAUACCUAGGGCCGGCUCUGCCUCCAUGGGUGGUCAUGUCGCAGAAGGUUUGAUAGAUCUCACCUUCUUCCGUUUCCAGGAAAUACAACCCAUCUGUAGGAGGAAACCAAAGUCAAUAGACAUUACAAUUUUGAUACAGUUGAGUCUCACUUAUUCAACGUUAUGGAUUAUGCAAUGCAUUUUUGUAGUCAAUGUUUUCAAUGCAUUGUGAUAUUUUGGUGCUAAAUUUGUAAUUACUACAUAGAAUUAAUGUGUAACGAACUACUUUUUCUGUCAAAUAUGUUGUAUAUCAUGAUGUUUUGGUGCUUAAUUUGUAAAAUCAUAACCUAUUUUGAUGUUUAAUAGGCUUUUUCUUAAUCUCUCCUUAUUAUUCAACAUAUUCGCUUAUCCAACGUUCUGCUGGCCUGUUUAUGUUGAAUAAGUGAAAAUCUACUCUGCAGCAAAAUUGCUAAUUGCAAAAAAUUUGGAAAGAAAAAAAAGAAAUCCAAUUAAAAGUGGUAUAGGGAAAUCUGGAACAUAGCUAUUAAUGAUAAGCUGACAUAAUAUUAAAAUUAAAAAGGGAAUAUCAAAACAGAUUUUUGGAAAAUAUGGGGAAAAUUAUUGAGUAUAUUUUUAAUAAGGGGUGCAAGCCAGCAACAGAGGCAAGAUAUAAGAAGAAGAAGAAGAAGAAGAAGAAGAAGAAGAAUGUCUGAUGUAAUUUAAUAACUUUUUAAUUGAUUCACAAUGUAUUGUACAAUUUUAUAUAUGUGUUUUAUUGUAAGCCGCCCUAAGUCCCCUAUUGGGUGGAUAUAUUGUAAUAAAUAAAAAUAAAUAAAGGUGUUCGACUUGUGAUUUUGUGAAACGAAAUCCAGCAUAUCUAUCUUGUUUGCUGUGUCAUACAAUAAUAAUAACAAUAAAAACAUGUAUAAUUAGAUAAAAAAAGUUGUUGUAAUGGAAAAGUCCAAAACUGAUAAGAAAUAUGCUUUAAAAUGUUUUUUUGAUUUGAUUUUUCUUUAUUGUUGAUUGUAUACAAUAUGAUAUGUUUAAGAUGCUGUAAAAUGAUAUAUACUUAUAAAACAUGUAUAAGUAGAUAAAAAAGUGUGUAGUAGAGAGAGAUGUAGUAAAGUUGUAAUGGAAAAGUUAAAAACUGAUAAGAAAUAUGCUUAAAGAUAUUCUUGAUUUUUUACCGUCGAAUUAUAUACAAUAUAUGUUUAAGAUGCUGUAAAAUGAGGAAUGUAAACAUACAUUUUGACUGAUAAAUAAAAAAAUACCUUAAAUAAAUAAAUAAAUAAAUAAAAUAAAAUAAACAACUUUAUGCCUAUCCAUACCACGCAAUGAAUGGCGUUAAAAUCAGAAUUUUGUCUGGCUUUGGAUGAUCCAUGGAGGGAAAGAUGUUGGAUCUGCAUUACUAUCUUAACCAGCCCUCCAAAAUUUUGGGGUUUUAGAGUACCAUAUAUAAGCCGACCCAAAUAUAAGCAGAGGCACCUAAUUUUACUCCAAAAAACUGGGAAAACAUUGACUCCAGUAUAAGCCGAGAGUGGUAAAUUUCAGAAAUAAAAAUAGAUACUGCAAAGAUGUCAGGAAGGGGGAGAAAUCUUUUUUUUUAAUCCCACCUCUGACACCAAUUGGGGAGAUGUGGAGUUUCUAUUAAUUAUAUUUUAUAUUAUCGCUGCCACCACUUAUUAAAGAUGUUUUUAUUUUAAACGCUGCCACCAGAGGUAAAGAUGUUUAUAAUGCAGCUACCAGAUGUUAAGGGGAUUAUCCACUCUUGCCAAAACUAUUGGAAGAUGUAGCCACUAGCUACUUAGAGAGUGUGAUAUACUGUGCCUUUAAGCCACACUCUCUAGUUGUUACAGCUGUAAUGUAUUUUACUACUGAUGGUUGGGAUAUAUAGUUUUGUGCACCCAAAGCCUCAGGAGCCUUCCUAGUGUUUGAAUAAACACCUUUGCUACAAGACUCUGCUGGCUGGUGAGCUUGUUUCACACGAAGAAUACUACAGACUUUUUAAAAUUUAUCUUUUUUCUUUCUGGUUUGCUUUUGAUGGUAAAAUAGAUGACAGAAGCUGAGAUGUUAAAAAAGACCAAUAACACGUUUAUUGAGGCACAAGCUUAAUGGUUACAAUUACUUUUUAGAAGUACGUUGAAUAACAGUUGCAAAGCUGUAUUAAGAUGUUUCAAACUUUAAAAUUCCACUUCUUUCUCUACUGCUUUAACUGCAGUCACCCUGUGAAUUUCAGUCACAGACUAUCUGUUCCUUAUCUGGAAACAGACUACCUUAAAAUAAGUCACCAAACUUAUUUUAAACUGACUCAAAUAAGCACCUGAGUCUCCCUGAUCCUCCAACUGAG